AUGCUUCCUCCGGAGACGCCAAUUGUUGUCGUGCUGGCGUGCAUGUCUCUGCCCCCAACAGACAAGCGUCAUGGUCAUGCCCUCAUCUUCACCUUUCCUCCGCUCCUGGGCAAGCUGAACAUCGCCUUCGAUGGGGACGAGGGUGUGGAGGCGCAGCGAUACGAACUCAAAGAACACACCGAGUUGUCAGCACAGCCCUCGGAGCCGCCGCCACCACUGCCAGACCCUGCCGCGGACAAACCCAAGACACUGAAGGCCACAACCGAGGAGCAAGAAGCCGCAAAAGACACCAAAAACAAUGAAGCCACGCGGGGGAAGUGGAAGAACAAGGCUGAGUUCCUGCUGUCGUGCAUCUCUAUGUCCAUCGGCUUUGGUAACAUCUGGAGGUUCCCGUUCGUGGCUCUGGAGAAUGGCGGCGGUGCAUUCCUCAUCCCUUACCUGAUCGUGCUCCUGUUCAUUGGCAGACCGAUGCACUACCUGGAGCUCAUCCUGGGACAGUUCUCCUCCUGUGGCCCCAGUCAGGUGUGGGAGAUGCUGCCCGCGUUCAAAGGUGUUGGCUACGGACAAAUGCUCGUCAACUGGUUCGUGUCCACCUACUACAUCUCGCUGAUGGCCACCUGCAUGUUCUUCUUCUUCGCCUCCCUCAACCAAGAGCUGCUGUGGGCGUCGUGCGGGCUUUGGGCGAGCGAGGCGUGUGAGGAUGCCGCGACCAACGUUACCAUGCUACAGGGAGGCACGUCGGCAGCGGAGGAGUACCUGAUGAAGCAGGUUCUAAAAGUGGACUUCGAGGGGUUUCGCAGCGGCCUCGGUCUCCCGGACAUCCGCCUAAGCAUGUGUCUGGUGGCGUCCUGGGCGGUGGUGUUCAUGGUCCAGAUACACGGCAUCAAGACCUCGGGGAAGACCGCCUACUUCACUGCCAUCAUGCCUUACGUGCUGCUGCUGGCGCUGCUCAUAAGGGGCGUGACUCUGCCGGGCUCAGCUGACGGCAUCAUGUACUUCCUGACGCCGAGAUGGGAGAAGUUACUGGAUAUACAGGUGUGGCUGGCGGCCGUGACCCAGGGGCUGUUCAGCCUGGCCAUCGGCUCCGGUAAUGUGAUCACGAUGGCCUCCUAUAACGACUUCAGGAACAACAUCUACGUGGACUCCGCCUUCAUCUCCGUGGCGGACACCGUGACCUCCUUCCUCUCCGGCGUCACCACCUUCGCCAUCCUGGGCCACCUGGCACUCCUGAUGGGCGUGGACCUUCCCGACGUGGUGCAUGGGGGUGGUACGUCCCUUGCCUUCGUCAGCUACCCCGAUGCCCUGGCGAGGUUCCCGUGGCUGCCGCAGAUGUUCUCCGCGCUGUUCUUCGUCAUGAUGUUCACGCUGGGGCUGGGCACCAUGGUGGCGGAGACCAGCGUGCUCAUCACCGCCGUCAAGGACCAUUUCCCGCAGCUUCAGACGUGGACGGUGAGCCUGUCCGUGUGUCUAGUGGGCAUGUUCUCGGGACUCGUCUACGUCACGCCGCAGGGACAGCACGUGCUAACACUGGUCAACCACUACAGCGGCAACCUGUCCGUCCUGCUGCUGGUGACGCUGGAGGUGGCGGGCGUCGCCUGGGUGUACGGGCUGCGCCGCCUCGCUGCCGACAUACACUUCAUGCUGGGCCGCUCCACGGGGGUGCUGUGGAAGGCGAGCUGGCUGCUGGUCAACCCGCUGUUCCUCGCCGGCGUCCUCGUGUACAGCCAGACGCAGGCCACCGUGCUCUCCUACGGCGACUACGUCUUCGGCACCAAGGAAACGGCGGUGGGCGUGGUGUUGUCCCUGGCGCCGGUGCUGCUGGUGCCCGUGCUGUUCCUGGUGGAGGUGGUCCGCAGGUACAAGGCGUCGGGGCAGCUGAUGCACACCCUCACCAACGUCUUCGCCGCCUCCCACAAGUGGGGGCCGAGGGACGUGAAGCUCAGGCAGGAAUACGACAUCUACCUGGAAGACCAGCUGGGGGUGAAGCGCUGACCGUAACCCUGGAGACCAUCAGCUGCAGGUCGGCCGCCAAACAUAUGUAUAGACCUUGUAUAGUCUGACACGGGUCGUAUUCUUUAGCAUUUCGAGUCCCAGGCACACUCAUUAGUCACGGUUUUCAUAGGCGUUGUGUGCAUUGCAUGGGGUAGUUUUAUGGCCCUGGUGGUAGUCUGACUCUUCCUCUGUACCGUGAACCUAAAAUACAACUCAUAAGAACCCGACUGAUUACCUUUUUGGCCACUUAAAUUAAUUUAUGUGAGUCUGAAGAGUCGGAUAAUACGGACCUCAAAUAUGUCCGUUUGGGUGGGGUCCCGCGCCUCACCCCAGCUCUGCCACAUCACCCCCAAUACGUCACUCACUCAUUUAUCAGAUAUUCACUAUUAAAAGUUG